AUGACAAGAAUUUUUGUACUUUGCUUGGUCGUCGCAGUGGCAAGUGCGCAACCAGCAAAAAACGAAUUCUGGAAGGGCACAAGCAUGGACGCGAUGGUCGAGCAAACGAAACUUGAGUGCGCUCAGAAAAACGAUGAGGUUUCCUGCAUGAAGUUCAAGAUCCUCAAUCUGCUCGAUCAACUUUUCCGCAAGGACAACUUCAAGGUUUCAGAGACAGUCGAAGUGACCCGCAACUCGUACCCCGUCGACGAGCUGAACGGUCGCAGUUUGUCCGGCGACGGUUCCUUCUUGGAGACUGUUCGCAGUUACUUGGCUUCGCACGACAUCACCUUUAAACUGCCUUUCGAGUCUUCUGUGAAGGUUUCAUCCCGCAACAUUGACAACGAGGAAUUGAACUUUGCAGUGAAAUUCGGCGAAGGUCGUGCUGUCGAAGCUCGCAAAUCCAAGUUGAAGAAAGUCAUCAUCCCCAUCCUCGUAUUCGUCCUUCUCAAGGCAAUGACUCUCAUCCCUCUGGCUAUCGGUGUACUUGGCCUGAAAGCAUGGAAUGCACUGCAACUGUCGUUCUUCAGUUUCGUCGUCUCCGUUGGUUUGGCCAUAUUCCAGCUUUGCAAGAAGAUUGCCGCUGACAGUCAUUCUGCUCCUAUUGCUGCACACGGACCAUGGGAAUAUCAAGCUGCUCAAUACAGAUCGUUCCAAGAGGCUCCCGAGGUUGUUGAACAACCUGCCGCGCAAAAUCUCGCCUACUCGGCUUACGCUUAA